AUGUCCGAACUGCGUUUCAGGGCGACGCUAGCCGAGUCGCCGCAACACGGGAGGUACGAAACCUUCAAGAUGGACUCGAUACCGAUCGAUGCGUCGAGAUCGAGCGCCUCGAAUUCCGGGGCCAAUCUCAUCGAGAGCACCAGGAGCUUUCACUGCGCCCUCAAGCCGAUCGUCACCCUGGCCCAGUGUUUUGCCGUCUUUCCGGUCGACGGAGUCCAGUCUUCCGACGCAAGCAGUUUAAAGUUCACUUGGAAGAGUUUCAAGGUCUUGUACUGCUGUCUGUCCGCAACGGGUUCCAUCGUUCUCACGAUGUUCAGCGUCUACAGGUUGGCGACCACGUCGAUAACUUCGAGCAAAACGAGUAAUCUUGUCUUCUUCUUCACCGCUGGGAUCACGGUGCUGCUGUUUCUGAAGUUGUCGCGCCAGUGGCCGAGCUUCGCCGUGUCCUGGGAGAACAUGGAACGAGAAUUGGCAGCGAGGCACAACUCGAGGCGUCUCAACGCCAUCAGCCUGAUCUUGAAAUUCAAGAUCCUCAGCGCAGUUGUUAUGAUCCUUGCUCUCGUCGAGCACACCCUGUCUAUCCUGUCGGGAUACGUCAGUGCCAUAGAGUGCGCGCACAUUCGAGGGCACUCCGACAUCGUCGCUACGUACUUUUCGCUCCAAUUUCCACAAAUUUUCACGGAAACUAAUUAUGCCAAUUGGAAAGGAGUCAUCGUCCAGUACAUAAACAUCCUCAGCACCUUCUCUUGGAGCUUUAUGGAUCUAUUUCUUAUUCUUAUCAGCGUUGCUCUCACGGAUCAGUUCAAACAGCUGAAUCAUCGGCUGUAUUCUAUCAGGGGAAAGCAUUGUUUCGUUGUUAAGGCAAUGCCAGAGUGGUGGUGGGCCGAGGCUCGGGUCGACUUUAACCGGCUCGCAGCAAUGACGAGACGAGUCGACGAUAAGAUAUCCGACAUAGUGAUGCUGUCCUUCUCCACCAAUCUGUACUUUAUUUGCAUACAACUGCUCAACUCGUUCAAACCCCUGCCCAACGCCAUUCAGACGGUUUACUUCUGCUUCUCGUUUGGCUUUUUACUAUCACGAACAGUGGCCGUUUCGUUGUACGCUGCCAGUGUGCACGAUGAGUCGUUGUUACCAGCUCCGAUAUUGUACAGCGUUUGCAGCGCAAGUUAUUCGGCAGAGGUUCGAAGGUUCCUCAACCAAGUGACGACAGAUCACGUAAGCCUCACUGGGAUGAAGUUCUUCUCGAUCACGCGAAGUUUGAUACUGACAGUGGCCGGAACAAUUGUCACCUACGAACUUAUUCUCGUACAGUUCAACGCUGUUCAAUCUGAUCAUCAGCACAGUGUCUCUAACAUCACCAAAAUUUGCGAGUCUCCCGAUUCGUCUAUUACAGACGUCAAAAUCGAGGAACGAUAUUUUUGUUUCUUAAUAGCAGAACAUAUUCUAUCGAUUUUAUCUGGGUAUGCUCGUUCAGUACAGUGUGCACGUAAUCACGGCAAUAUUGAUGUUGCUAACGUAUAUUUUAUUUUGAAAUUUCCUGAGCUUUUCACGAAACAUAAUUAUGCAUUAUGGAAAGCAUUCAUUAUUAAAGUUGUAAAUAUUAUAAGUACAUUUUCAUGGACGUUUAUAGAUCUCUUUUUAAUCCUGAUGAGUGUUUCACUUACUGAUCAAUUUAAAUAUUUCAAUCGCAGACUAUACACAACCUUUGACAAGAUAAUGCCAGAAGAUUGGUGGACUGAAGCUCGAAAAGAUUUUAAUUAUUUGGCCACAAUAACAAGAAAAGUUGAUUCUGAAAUAUCCAGCAUAGUCCUGUUAUCGUUUUCUGCUAAUCUCUAUUUUAUUUGCAUUCAACUUCUUAACUCCUUCAAUCCAAUGCCCAAUGUAAUUCAUAGGAUAUACUUUUGUUUUUCUUUUGGCUUUCUGUUAUUAAGAACAGUAGCAGUAUCCUUAUAUGCAGCUAAUAUUCACGAAGAAUCGCUUUUACCUGCUUCAGUGCUGUAUAAUGUUGAAACUACAAGUUUUUCAAUUGAGGUUGAAAGAUUUUUAUCACAAGUAACAACAGAUCACAUUAGUUUAACAGGAAUGAAAUUUUUUUCCGUUACUCGCAGCCUGAUAUUGACAGUAGUUGGUACAAUCGUUACUUACGAGCUUGUUCUUAUGCAAUUCAAUUCCAUUCAAGACGAUCAACAAGAAAAUAGUUCUAACAUGACUAAAGUUUGCAAUUUAAAAUAAAUUUAACUGAUCUGGAUGAA